UUGAGUGCGAGCUAUAUUCAAUACCGCUGCCACAAAUCGUAUAAGUGCUAUACCUUUCUCCACGAUUAAUAACCUAGCAAAUUAUUCGGUUGCUUAAAUUUGAGUUUUACGUGUAUCAUUGAAGUACUUAUUGCGCGAAAAGUGCUCUACGAAGUGCAUUGAAUACAAUGGCAGAAUUGCUAGCAGGUAAACAGAAGCCAGAAGAAGACAACAACAACUGUAUUGCUAGCAAUAAGGAUCGCGAUGCUGCUGCAACAAGAGUCAAGCCAGUAAUGAAAUUCGACAUCUUAACUGACAGGCAAUUACGAAUUCCAAAUUUAUAUAAAACAGGCAAUUCCGGAGUAACCAGUGCUUCGUACUCUGAGAAUGAAAAUAAUUAUAAUCUUUCUCUGAAUGAAUGCGAUUGCUGGCCAGAGAUGACACCUGUUAUUCUCAAUGGCUCAGAUAAAAUCACGACGGGCCUACCUUCAGCAGCCGAGGAACGGAUAAUCCAAGCGCAAAAUCGCAUUGCCAAAUACAAAAACUCAAACUCUGAUGCAACGAUAAGUGCAGAAAAGAAUAUUCACGCGACAGGCGUUCAAGAAACCAAAGCUAUUAUGGAUCCUCACGAGACCAGUAGCUGGAUGGAAGAUUUUGAAUUGAAACUUUCUGACGAAUCUCAUGAUGAAAUUGAAAACGACGAAAACCACGACUCGAAUAACGUUAAUGGAAAAGAUAAUUCUAGGAAGAGCUUACCGAGAAAAUCGCCGAUAAUACGUAACUUCUACAAAGGUGCCGAAGAUCCUGACGUUGUCAUGAAAGAGAUCGUCGAUCAAAAUAUCAAGGAGAACGUUGAGUCGACGCCUAAAACUAAAAAUGGAAAAAAGAAGAAUCCAAAAAGACUCCCGAAAAACCAGACGACUUUGAUGCAGUACAUGUCACCUGCCAGCUCCAAGAACACACCUAGUGAAGUACGAAAACCGCAGGUGGAACCAAAAAAAGAAGUCGCGAUCUCAACGACAGCCAUCAAGCUACCCGACGGAAUGAAAAAUAUAUUCAAUGCAAAAGUCGUCCUGGAAAGGCUUCCAUCGUCCUUGCUACCAGCUGUGCCAUCAAACUUGAAACGCAAAACCAGCACCAGAAUACCCAAAGUAGAAAUCGCGCCACAGUCAAGCAAAACCACAAGGAAAGAUCCAUCCUCGAAAUUCAAGGGAUACUGUUCCAAGUGCAAAACAAGCGUCGACAGCUUCUCAAUUCGAAGCGACUUGAAGUGCUCGAAGUGCAACAAAAUUCUGAUCUUCCUGUGCGUCACUUGCGACAGCCAGUUCGAAAGCUAUCACACCUUGACGAAUCAUCGAAAGACCAAGUGCAGCGUCGACAAGCAGUUGAAGUGCGAAUUUUGCGAUUACAAAACGCCGUUUAAUUCCAACCUGAAGCUUCACGUCGAUCGUAGACACUCGAACAAGGAAAACGUGGUUGAAAAGUUGAAGUGCUCAAAGUGUAAGACGGAGUUCAAACGGGAGAUGACUCUGAAGAAACACCUGGUUGACUGUAAGGCUGAUAGUAAGACGAGCCAAGCUGCUGCUCGUGGCAAUAAAGUGGAAACCGACUCGAACUUGAUCGAACGAAAGUGUCCGAAGUGCCGCAAAACCAUCAGGGUUACUCACUCGGAGAAUUGUCCCCGUUGCACAAAUCCGAUCGAGUUUACCUGUCUGAAAUGUCAGGACGUCUUCUCGAAGCACAGCUGCAUAGUGCAUCAUCUGAAGAGCGGCUGCGACGAGUUGUUCCAAGAACGACAAUUUCACUGUCCCCACUGCAUCAGGCUUCCAAAAGAUAGUAAGAAGUGCCUGUUUUGCCCUUACAAGGCCAACGCGAUUUUCAACCUGAUCGAACAUCUGAAGUUGUAUCACACCAUGACGUCGUCGGCUGAUGCUGUCGAUGGAAAAAUUCAACGACACGUGUGUACAGUGUGCGGAAAAGAGUUUGCCGAUAGGUCGAGUCUCAGGGGGCACAAGAAACUCUGUAGUGUUGAAAACGUGCCCAUGAUGAAGUGUCAAGUUUGUGAUUUCAAGACGAAAUUCGCGUACAAUAUCAAGAGGCACAUGGCUACGGUUCACUCGAAUUGAGACUACUAAUAUAUAAUCGAGCUUGUCAUACUGUAUAAUGUAGGUUACUCAAGAAUUAGUUUUAAUAUAAGCGAUCUGUUUUAAAACUCGCCUUUUUCACUCGAGAACUAUAUGUAAGUGAGAAAAUUGAAAAAAUUGCGUUAUAUUUUUACUCACCUCUCAAUAUUUUAGUCUAAACGAAAUUACUUUUAUAAACUUCAUUUCAUUGGUGCGGGCAUGAGUUUAAUGUGCAAUUAUUUAUAUGAUUAAUUUAUUAACGCGUCGUUUACUUGUACGUAGUAUAUACUACUUUUGAAUAAUGCUAUUAAGGUCAAUCGUGCAAUAGCUAUAACAAAUUAUGUAAUUACUUUCACAUAACGGAACAUGAAUUUUAAAUUUUCCGCGCACUUACCGACAGAGUGUAAAAUAAUGUUACCAUCUGAUAUAGUUAAAUAUAUAUACAAUGUAUGCGCGCGGGAUUACACGCGUUACCCGGAGCUGCCCGGAGUUAGGUUAUAGAGUCUAUACUCUCCAUAAUUAACAAUAAUUGUGAUGACCGGCAAAGAAAAGUUUGAAAACAGGUGGUUAUCAACCGCCAGUCGCCAUUGAUUAUCAAAUGGCGCGUGUUGUUGUAUUGUGUUUGUUUGGUAAAAAUCCGCGUUUGUGUAUGCUAAGUUAUAAUAAUAUGUGAACAAUCAACAAUCUCGUAUUAGAAUCAUAUGUGCACCUUAGAGUUUCGGAAUAGUAGAAGAAUAGGGAGGGAUAAGUCUUGUCAAAUUUGUGGUGUUUUGUUUUGUUCGAUGCGGUAAAUAAGUAAUGUAGAAUAUUUUUAAUGUGAAUAAAGUAAUUGACUGAUUGAUUGGUUAGGAUGA